AUGUCUGGGUUCCAUACAGAUCUUUUUGAUUGUUUUAAAGAUAUGGAAAGCUGUUGCAUUGGAUGCUAUUGCCCUUGCGUUCUCACAUGCAAAAGUCAAGAAAAGUUAGAAGGAAUCAAAUCAUGGCGCCAACUAUGUUUCCCUAUGAUUGACUUCAAUAUUCGUCAGAUUAUCCGUCAACGUAUGAAUUAUGAGCAUGAACCAUGCAAUGACUGUUGCGCCUUUUGUUUUUGUUUACCAUGCUUCGCUUGCCAGAAUUAUCGUGAACUAAAGGCAGGUUAUGGUCUUCCAUUACCCGGCGAAGGAUACAAAGGAUAUAUCAGAACACCAAAAGGAGGAAAAGAACAUACACAUCAUACAGAAAAAGUACAGGGCGUUCAAAAUCAACCAUCACCACCUGGAUAUCCACAAUAUAACCAGCCGCAGCCCACAUACCAAGCACCACCACCAACAUACCCAUCACCUCCACCAGCAUAUCCACCUCAACAACCAGCAUAUCCACCACAGGCACCAAAUAAUUACUAUCCACCACAACCUGGAUAUUAUGCUCCACCUCAAAAUGCACCUGCACCACAGUCUCAUCACAAGAAGAAAGAUUCUUCUUCAUCUUCUAGUUCAUCUUCUUGA